GCGAUCGUCCCUAUUGCAUAGGGCAACAUUCCUGCUUCUGAACCUCAUACAUUCUCCCACCUCAUACCCCUCCCAUUUCAUCCUUUCUUGUUUUCCAUCCUUGUCGUGCUUCUUGUGUAUUGUCCAUUGUUUUGGCAUAUGGCACGCUAGAUUAUUACAGAACAAAUAACUGCAUAUCACUCUACAACGAACCGACAGCUUUUGGAUAGUACGCCUAGGAACGGCGCGAUUUACUUUUUGGAAUGUUUGCUUUGAACGGGUUUCCAGAGGAAACACCGCCACAGCCUCCAAUCUUGGACCACCAAGCGAGUUCCAUUUCCAUUGGAGGUUCAGCUCCCUUUUCCCAGCAACAUUCCCAACCCCUACAGCAACAGCACUCGACAUCUCUCUAUCACCAUGGGCUCGGCGCUGGAAAUCAUUUGCAACAGCCGCCGCAGCAUCACCAGUACGAUUCUUCCAUGACGCAAGAUGGACAAUCUCCAGCAUCACUGGGCGGACUAUCCGCCAACACAUAUUCCAGCAUGGACUACGAUUAUAAUGCGAUGAAUCAUUACAAUGUACAUGGUCACCAGCAAUCGGGAGGCUAUGGUCAUAUGGAUAUGACUGGAUACUCUUCGAGCAUGCCCCAAUCAUCGCCUCCCACUAUGGUGCAAUCAAAUGGAUACUAUUCGUCCCAUCCUUUAUACGACCAAGGGGAACAUCACACGAUAUAUCAACAAGACACAGCAACUGGGCCCGACAAUGCAGGAGCUCCUGGAGUUAGUCAUGUCACACCACCAGUGCCUGUCCCACAAAUGCAUCAUCCACCAUUAGUGAAAACGGUCAGCAGCGGCGCUGGGCCAACUUACAUUCCCGACGGAACGUUGGACAUAUAUGGUGGUGUAUAUCGCGUCGUGCCCGUGCGCACGCGUCUUUUUUCAUCCUAUCACUGGGCAAUCGAUGGGUUUUCACAGUCAGUAGAUGAAAAGCUGGUAUCACUGCCUUUUGGACCACCAAACUGGAGAUGGCAGUUGGUUGUGUAUCCAAGAGGCGCGGGGGAUGGUGCUGGUUCGCAUAUUAGCGCGUUUAUCAGACCGCUGAAGAAUGAGACGGAGCUCGCUGCAGGGGAUAUUUGGACUCGACCCAUUACAGAGUUUUCUGUCCGAGUGCGAAGAGCGAUUCCGGGGUCUCCCAUUGUGGGUGUACCUGAUCCAAUUGAGAAUUACAUUACGACAGAUACGUCAGCACCUUCUUUCACCGGCUUCUCCGCGGCCAUGUCCGGAUGGGGCUUUCCUGAAUUACUGGAACUGCAAAGUCUAUCUGAUGCCGUCACGUAUGAUGGCACGUUGAAUCUGGAGGCGGAUGUUAUUGGCGAACAAGUAUUGGAUUGGGCUGUCUAUCAGUACCAGUGGGACAUUCCCAGUUUCCGGCAGCUGACCGAGGAUGAGACACAGUCGCAAGCAUUUGGUCCACCCGAGUGUCAGUGGCGGAUCCAAAUAUUUAGACAAGGCAAUAAGGAAGGACAAGGAACCCACUUUUCAGUAUACCUCAUUCCCGAAAAGAGCGCACAAGAGUCUGCUCUCAAGUCUGCGUGGUCGCGUCCGAUUGUUUCGCUUACAAUAAAGGUUCAUGCGGCAGGUGAAGCUUUGGUGACAAAGACCCUGACGGGCGGGUAUAUUUUUGAUGCCGAGAACCCCGCAUGUGGCUGGCCGCAGUUGGUGGAACUUUCGCAACUUAAUGACUCGAUCGACUGGUACGGGACAUUGUCCAUUCAGACCGAAGUAACUUGGGAACUUUCAUAUGGUGGACCUGGUACAGAUCUAGGUCGCGUCCGCAGUACACUAGCAGAAAUUUCUGGAGAAUUGGAUGCCAUCAAGGGGAGAGCGGAAGCAUUGAGCGAGGAACUGGAUCAAGCCCGUGCUGAAGUUGUCAAUCUUCGCACGGAGCUAGCUGCAUCCCAUAGCGAGCUUUCCUCGACUCGAACCCAGCUGAAUACAAGUCAAUCCCAACUUGAAGACGUUGAGUCUAGAUUACGAACGGUCGGCAACAUCGAAGCCCGCAUGGCGGUCGUACAAAAGGAACUUGUAGAUGCUCAGAAACGGGUAGAAGAAGCUGAGCGGAUUGAGGAGCGCUUUGUCAUGGUAAAGACGGAGCUUGCAGCCGCUCGAGAUGCACAACAGAUCUCGGAUGAGUUGCGUGUCAAAAUUGCGAAAUUCAAAGCCAAAAUUGCUGCACUACGCGCUGGGAUGGAAGAUGAGGGUGUCCUUUCCGUCCCGCAGACAUCUGGUGAUGGCAAAGGCUGGAACGGGGAGGGCGAACAGGACGCACUCCGUACUGGUGAGGACGAUGCUGAUACAUUGCACCUGAAGUUGGUCCAAGUCAACGCAAAGGUGGCUGCACUUGAAGCCGACCUAGCCGAAGCACGUGCUGAAAUCGAUGCGAAAACACGGGCGUUAGCUGACGCUGCCAUCAAUGCACCUACCACUGAGGAAGAAGUAUUCGAUGAGGAAGGUAAUGAGAAUCCUUUGUUGGCAGCGAUGGCUACUGUACGGAAUGAAGUAUUGGUUGUCAAGGGUGUGCUUCUUGAGGCUUCCGGGAGAGAGUUGGAGACCGACGCAGAGCGGGCUGGUUUGAGCGCUGAAUUAGCCAUGGUGCAAGCCGAGUUGGAGGUCACUCGUGCGGCACUGAUUGAUGCAGCAAGCAAAUCGGAAGAAUUGGAGAGCGAUACGGAAACUGCGGCGGAACUGGCGCGAAUACAAGCUGAUCUCCAGGAUGUCCGAACGCAGUUGAUCACGCGGCGACUGGGGCUGGAAGAUACGGCCGACCUAGCAAAUGCAAUUGUAACGUAUCGAGCCGAUACCGAAGAUCGAGCAACCUCUCCAUUGCGAUCGCAUGGCUUUUCUGGAGCCCCAUCACCCCAGCAUUCUGCUGCCGAUUAUGGAUUGACAUCUAUUUCUACCUUGGACUCUGAGGAGGCGGUUCCAUUGCCCACUGGUAUGCCUCCACCUCCCAUCAAUAUGGGCCCCCCACUAAGCACUAUGCAGACUGGACCAUCUACAACCGAUGUCCGCGCCCUGCAAGAAAGGGCAGACAUGCUCGAAUCUAUCCAUCACCAGGCGCAGACGGACCUCAGUUACACUCAAUCUGAACUCACUGCUGUACAGACUGAACUGUCUGACAUUAAAGGACGUAUGCAAGCUGCCCAAGAGAUGCUAAUUGGAGGGGCCAGCUCCAACACAGGGGUAGACAAUCAGGCGUUGUUUGAGCGGCUAUUUAAUAGGAGGAUGUCAAAUGCUUUGCCGCCCGGUGAUGGCAAUCUCGGUUUUCGCGACAUUCCAGAGCCUUGGACACCGGUUGAAGGGGACGCUGCUGGAGUUAACAGCAAAGAGCUUGCGGCCCUUCUUCAACAAGUCCAAGGCAAAAGUCGGAUCCUACCCUCCCUGGCGACCCUCAUGACGGCACUCUUAACAAUGUGGUUCAUAGUAUAUUCCACCAUCUAUGUCGUGUGCUCUCCAUCACGACUUGACACACAACCAGCACCACCCUAUGCCGACGUCUGUCGAACUACUGUGAUGCCAGCUUGGGAGGCGGUCACGACGACUUGGCAUGCCGCUGCUGAGCGGUUUGUGGGGGAUGUGGCACCUGGGGUGUUUGAUGCUGCGUAUACGGUUGGUGUUUGGGGGUCAGAUGUUGGUAAGGGGGUUGUGGGGGGGUUACGGAAGGGGGUUCGAAAGAUAAAGAAGGGAACCAAAAGUGUUGAGAGUCGAGAUUUGGGGAGUCGAACGGAAAUGCAAUCGACGGUAGCGACACCGCUCGUGCCUGUUGCUCAAGAGAGUAGGACGGUAACUCCGUCAACAUCUUUGGUAUCAGUCGUGGAGCAAGCUUCAGAGAACCGAACGGAGACGCUGUCAACAGUAGCGACACCGGUCGUGUCGGUUGUUCCAAAGAAUAGGACGGGAGAUCCAUCAACAUCUUCUGUAGCAGUUGUUGAGCAAAGUCAACCGGUUGUGCCGUCUCCUGAAACGACUUGGGAGUCAGUGCCGUUGUCGGAGCAGGGUUCCCCAUCCUUCUCGAAAUCCCUUGUGGGCAGCUAUACUCCUGAACAGGAUAUUGCGAUGUCUGCCGGAGAAGCGAAUAUGACCAUGGAACCCGUUGCUGAAAAGCUGACAGAUUUACCGGUGCCCGUUGCUGAUAUCGGGUUAUCCAGUCCGGCGUCGGAACAGGUUAUACACCCGAUUGAGCCCGUUGCAGAACAAUCCCCAGAUGUUACAAGUCUGACGAGUCCAGUGCCUACCGAGAGCUCACCCCUGCCACCAGAUACCCAGAAUUCUUUACCACAAAAGACACCCACCAUCCUGACACCGACGUCAGAAGUCGACGCCACGAUUGCCGUUUCGGAUGUAUCCCAUUCAGAGGAGACCAACCCGAUCGACUCAGACCUAUUUUUCGAGUCACCGGUCCCUGAACAGCCAUUAGAGUCUGUUAAUCAAAAGAUCCCAAUCUCAACUGACCCAGUAGUGGUACAAGCUGAAGAGACGACAGAGCCAAUGGCAGUGACUCCUCUUGUUGAACCGUCCUGGACGGAGACUGAGCCUACCACUGCAGCCCUUGCAGUGGAAAAUGAGACUGGGAUGAGCCCCGCCGGUGAGAAUACCAUGUCCAAAAAUGGCCGAGAACCUGAUGCGGAGAUAACACCGACUGUUGGGGAUGAGCGCGAAGGUGACAGUAUUGGUGGCGAGACGUUGAGUAACAAAGAAGGUCGAGAGGUGCAUGAUUCCGUGGAUUGGGCUGAAAGCGGUGAUAAUGAACCGGCUGAUACGAGGACGGUAACGCAUGAUGAAUUAUAACUGGACUAGAAAAGGUUUUUGUUUUGUGGCGUUUGGGGAUGGAUAACUUGCGAAAUUGUGGUGAGCAAGUUCAAGGAGGGGGGAAAAUGUACCUAGAUGAUAUAUUUUUUUGAAGAA